AGGAGCGCGGCCGGCCGCCCUCCCUGACCGCUCGGAGCGGGCUCGGCUCGGGCUCGGCGGCUGCGGCAGCCUCAGUGGCCGGGCCCUGCCUGCCGGAGCGGAGGCGACCUAGCAUGUGCCAAGGCUUCCCGGGCGCGGCGGCAGCGGCGGCGGCGGCGGCGGCGGCUCCUUGCAGAAGCGGCCGCCAUGGCCAAGUCCGGCGCCGAGCUCACCCGCGAGCUGCAAGACAGUAUUCGCCGCUGCCUGAGCCAAGGGGCUGUGCUGCAGCAACAUCACGUGAAGCUGGAGACCAAACCCAAGAAGUUUGAGGACCGAGUGCUGGCUCUGACCUCUUGGCGCCUCCACCUUUUCCCCAUUAAAGUCCCAGCCAAGGUGGAGAGCUCCUUCAAUGUGCUGGAGAUCCGCACUUUCAACACCCUCGCCCAGAACCAGAUCCUCGUGGAGACUGAGCGGGGCAUGGUGAGCCUGCGGCUGCCCUCUGCUGAGAGUGUGGACCAGGUGACGCGCCACGUUAGCACAGCUCUCUCCAAGGUCUGCCCAGGCCCUGGGUGUCUGAUCCGGCGUGGAAACGCAGACACCCCAGAAGGGCCCCGGGAUACGUCCCCCAACUCUGAGACUUCCACAUCCACCACUCACAGUGUGUGCGGUGGCUUCUCAGAGACCUAUGCAGCCCUGUGCGACUACAAUGGGCUGCACUGCCGAGAGGAGGUGCAAUGGGAUGUGGACACCAUCUACCAUGCUGAGGAUAACCGGGAGUUCAAUCUUCUGGAUUUUAGCCAUCUGGAGAGCAGAGACCUGGCCCUCAUGGUGGCCGCCCUGGCCUACAACCAGUGGUUCACCAAACUCUACUGCAAGGACCUGAGACUGGGCUCAGAAGUGCUAGAACAGGUGCUACAUACCCUGAGCAAGUCGGGAAGCCUUGAGGAGCUAGUGAUGGACAACGCUGGCCUUAAGACGGACUUUGUCCAGAAGCUGGCCGGGGUGUUUGGGGAGAACGGGAGCUGUGUGCUGCAUGCCCUCACUCUGUCCCACAACCCCAUCGAGGACAAGGGUUUCCUAAGUCUGAGCCAGCAGCUUCUCUGCUUCCCCACGGGCCUCACCAAGCUGUGCCUGGCCAAGACUGCCAUUUCUCCAAGAGGGCUCCAGGCACUGGGCCAGACCUUUGGAGCCAACCCGGCCUUUGCCAGCUCCCUUCGAUACCUGGACCUGAGUAAGAACCCCGGGCUGCUGGCCACAGAUGAAGCCAACGCCCUCUACAGUUUCUUGGCACAGCCCAACGCGCUGGUUCAUCUGGACCUGGCCAGUACCGACUGUGCCAUUGACUUGCUUCUGGGUGCCCUGCUCCACGGCUGCUGCUCCCACCUCACCUACCUCAACCUGGCGCGCAACAGCUGCUCCCACAGAAAGGGCCGGGAGGCCCCACCAGCCUUCAAGCAGUUCUUCAGCAGCGCCUACACGCUGAGCCACGUCAACCUGUCGACCACGAGGCUGCCCCUGGAGGCCCUCAGGGCACUGCUGCAGGGCCUCUCCCUCAACAGCCACCUCAGCGACCUGCACCUGGACCUCAGCAGCUGUGAGCUCCGCUCAGCGGGAGCCCAGGCUUUGCAGGAGCAGCUGGGAGCUGUCACCUGUGUGGGCAGUCUGGACCUGUCAGACAAUGGGUUUGACUCGGACCUCCUGACCCUGGUGCCCGCGCUUGGCAAGAACAAGUCCCUCAAGCACCUGUUCCUGGGAAAGAACUUCAAUGUCAAGGCCAAGACCCUGGAGGAGAUUCUGCAUAAACUGGUCCAACUGAUCCAGGAAGAGGACUGUUCCCUGCAGUCGCUGUCGGUGGCCGACUCGAGACUGAAGCUGCGCACCAGCAUCCUCAUCAACGCCCUGGGCAGCAACACCUGCCUGGCCAAGGUGGACCUCAGCGGGAAUGGCAUGGAGGACAUCGGGGCCAAGAUGCUGUCCAAAGCUCUGCAGAUCAACUCCUCCCUCAGAACUAUCCUGUGGGACCGGAACAACACAUCAGCCAUGGGCUUUCUGGACAUCGCGAGAGCCCUGGAGAGCAACCACACGCUGCGCUUCAUGUCCUUCCCGGUGAGCGACAUCUCCCAAGCCUACCGUAGCGCCCCUGAGCGCACUGAGGACAUCUGGCAGAAGAUCCAGUGGUGCCUGGUGAGAAACAACCACUCACAGACGUGCCCCCAGGAGCAGGCCUUCCGCCUGCAGCAGGGCCUGGUGACCAGCAGCGCUGAGCAAAUGCUGCAGCGGCUGUGCGGGCGUGUGCAGGAGGAGGUGCGGGCCCUAAGACUGUGUCCCCUGGAGCCUGUACAAGAUGAGCUGCUCUAUGCCAGAGACCUAAUCAAGGAUGCCAAGAACUCACGGGCGCUGUUUCCCAGCCUCUAUGAGCUGGGCCACGUGCUGGCCAACGACGGGCCUGUGCGGCAGAGGCUGGAGUCAGUAGCCAGUGAGGUGUCCAAGGCUGUGGACAAGGAGCUACAGGUGAUUCUGGAGUCCAUGGUCAGCCUAACGCAGGAGUUAUGUCCCGUGGCUAUGCGGGUGGCAGAAGGGCACAACAAAAUGCUGAGCAACGUGGCUGAGCGUGUCACAGUGCCGAGGAAUUUCAUCCGAGGGGCACUGCUGGAGCAGGCUGGGCAAGACAUUCAGAACAAGCUGGAUGAAGUGAAGCUCUCGGUCGUGACCUACUUGACCAAUUCCAUCGUGGAUGAGAUCCUGCAGGAGCUCUACCAUUCCCACAAGAGCCUGGCCCGGCACCUGGCCCAGUUAAGGACACUGUCAGAUGCACCAGGGGGGCUGGGCCAAGGGCAGGACCUAUCCUCCAGGGGCCGAGGCCGGAUUAAUGAGCACGAGGAGACCACAGAUGAUGAGCUUGGAACCAACAUUGACACCAUGGCCAUCAAGAAGCAGAAACGCUGCCGCAAGAUCCGGCCUGUGUCAGCCUUCAUUAGUGGAAGUCCUCAGGACAUGGAAAGCCAGCUGGGGAGUCUGGGGAUCCCACCUGGGUGGUUCUCUGGACUUGGGAGCAGUCAGCAUACAGCCAGUGGCUCAUGGGAAGGCCUCGCUGAGCUGCCUACUCAUGGCUAUAAACUAAGGCACCAAACACAAGGGAGGCCCCGGCCACCCAGAACCACCCCUCCAGGACCUGGUCGGCCCAGUGUGCCUGUCCCUGCCACUCGUCAGGAGAACGGAAUGGCCACCCGCCUGGACGAGGGGCUGGAGGACUUCUUUAGCCGAAGGGUCAUGGAUGAAAGCUCCAGCUACCCAAGGACUCUGAGGACUUUGCGGCCAGGUCUCUCGGAGCCGCCUCUGCCCCCGCUCCAGAAGAAGAGGCGCCGGGGCCUUUUCCACUUCCGCAGGCCUCGAAGCUUCAAGGGGGACAGAGGACCGGGGUCCCCCACCACCGGGCUCCUCCUCCCUCCACCCCCACCCCCACCCCCAACUCAGGAGAGUCCCCCCAGCCCAGAUCUCCCCAGCCUCGGCAAUAGUUCCUCCCCCUGCUGGAGCCCUGAGGAGGAGAGCAGCCUCCUCUCUGGAUUUGGGGGUGGCCGGGGGCCUUCUUUUCGAAGGAAGAUGGGCACAGAAGAGGCAGAGUCAGGAGAAGGGGGCCAAGCUCCUGGGUCUGCCCAGCAGCCUCGUGUCCAUGGAAUUGCUCUCCCGGGACUGGGAAGAGCCAAGGGUUGGAGCUUUGAUGGAAAACGAGAGGGCUCAGGCCCAGAGCCAGAGGGCAGCAUCCCAGCAUGGCACAAGCGACGUUCUUCAGAUGACGCAGGGCCAGGAGCCUGGAAGCCACCACCACCACCCCAAAGCACCAAACCAGGUUUCAGUGCCAUGCGCCGUGCUGAAGCCACCUGGCACAUAGCGGAGGAAAGUGCCCCCAGCCACAGCUGCCAGAGUCCCAGCCCAGCCUCCCAAGAAGGGGAGGAAGAGAAAGGAGGAACCCUAUUCCGGGAGAGGACGGUUCUCGCUAGGAAUGUCAAGCUGCAGGACCCCCCUUUAGCUCCACGACCCCCCAAGCCAGUAGCUGGACCCAGGAGCCGCCGCAACCCCCAGGAGCCAGGAAGCAGGGAGGAGGCAGAGGCUGGGGGUGCGGCCCCAGGAAUGACCAAACCACGGCUGAGGCUGGACUCCCAGAAGGAUCAAGAGGAGCCUGAGGUGCAAGGGCCCCCAGAGCCAGGUCGCCGGGCCGCCCCACUGAAACCCAAGCGGACACGGCGAGCACAGUCCUGUGACAAGCUGGAGCCUGACCGAAGGCGGCCACUGGAUCCCACAGUAGGAGCCGGCGAGCCUGGAACAGACUGACAGCCACUGUGCCCCUCCCAGCCCUCGUCUCGAAUGUGCCUCACAGGGAAUCACACCCCCAUAUGCCCACACCUCCAGGCCCCUGCCAGCCCCUGUCCCACGGGGCAGGAGGUGGGGGCCAGCCUGGGAAAGGGAGACUCACCGCCUGCCUCUCGCUCUGCAGAGAACUGAGGGGCGGUGGGGGGUGGUGCCUCUAUAGCCCCAGGGGCUCAUUCCCCACUUGUAUAGAAUAAAAGACCAAAAUCAC